AGUAUGGUGUAAAGUCAAGAAAAAAAACAUGGCUGCGCCUGUAGGUUGUAAUGCUAUAACUUUCACUCUUACAUGAAUGCGUAUUAAUGUUCGACAGUCGUGGACUAUAAUUCAAUAUAACUAUAGUUAAACAUGUUAAUAUAUUAAAUGUCUCAAGUGUGUUGAGAAAUUAAAUAGCCUUAACACUCGAUCGUGCUGGCUUGCGAUUCUUUACAUUAUCAGAGAUGUCGGAACAAUAACUUGAGAAUGUGGAACAAUGUCAACAAAAAUAUAUUAUGUCUGAAAGUACUUCGUGGCCUUUGCAAUUGCUGCGUCCAGAGGUAUGCAUCUGUUGGAGUGUGGGUCAAAAGAACGCAGGAAAAGCACAGACAUUGUGGAGAAAACCCUAGCAAGAACAGUCUACUUCUUGUCACUAGGAAUUACUCAUCGACAAGACCACCUUGGAGGGUGCUUUUUUUUGGAACGGAUGAUUUUGCUGUGGAAUCCCUCAAAAUGCUCUCAGCAUCUAGGGAGUCGAAUGACGGAGUGGUGAAGUCACUGGAAGUCGUCACACUAUCCAAGGACGUUGCUGUAAAGAAGUUUGCUGAUCAGAACAAACUGCCUGUUCACGUCUGGCCUGUUGGGGACCUUCAAAGGCGGUUUGAUGUCGGGGUAGUGGUGUCGUUUGGCUGCUUGCUUCGGGAAGGACUUAUCAACCAGUUUCCAUUUGGUAUCCUGAAUGUGCACCCCAGCCUUCUACCCAGAUGGCGAGGCCCCGCCCCUGUGUUCCACACCAUCCUACAUGGAGAUUCUGUCACUGGGGUCACCAUCAUGCAGAUACGGCCCAACAGGUUUGACGUCGGUCCUAUUCUUCAUCAGGAGGUCUACCAGGUUCCAUGCAACAGCACAUCUGAUCAACUAGGUGUUACUCUGGCCCUCAAGGGAGCCCAGCUGUUGAUUGACACAUUGAGGAACCUUCCAGAGAGAAUCAAAAACCGAAGGGAGCAAGCAAAAGACGGUGCCACUUUAGCCCCUAAAAUCAGCACCUCAAUGAGCUGGGUGUUAUGGGAGGAACAGACCUGUGACCAGAUUGACUGCCUAUUUCGUUCCAUCGGAUCCCGGAUCCCACUGAGAACCAUUUGGAUGGGCAAGACCAUAAAGCUGCUGGAUUUUACUGGGAAAUGUAACAUUUCACUCUCAGGUCGUGGAAAGACACCUUUGCCGGGAUCAAUAAGUUAUCUCAAAGAAUCCAACACAUUAGCUGUCUGUUGUAAGGACGGCUGGGUGGGAUUCAAGACCGUCCUGCUGAAAAAGAAGUUGUCCGCUGCGGACUUCUACAACGGAUAUCUCCAUCAGAGCUUCCAGAAAAUAUCUCCAAAGCAGGAGUGCCUGUUUCAUAGCAACACAGGCAGAACCAAACAUAAUUCUAAAGUGGGGAACUCACUGACAAAGCAACAAAAUGUGGGUUACAUGUCAUGACUGACCACAGAACCAAUGUACUUUGAUGUUAUUUGAGAAGAUAGAUUUCCUAUCAAAGAAGAAUUAUAAUUGUCUGUUUUAAGACAAUCUGUUUGAAAGAGUUCUUGAAACUGAAAGUAGGGCAUACUAUAGCUCUAAAUAAAAGGAAAAUGUAGGACUGAAAAUAUGCUAAUGUUGUAUUUAUUCAGGUAGGACAUCCCAGUUUCAGAAGUAAUUCUCCUGUUUUGUGCCUACCAGACACAACAUACAGUGUGCAAUUUCCUGAUAAUCUGUGGAACACACAAUGUGUAAUAAUGAAUGUGAUAAUUGGUGAUUUCCUGGAGUCACUGGUGUGAUUGUAAGGUUGUUUUGUCGAAUAUGAAACCGUUAAUGCAGACUACCAAAAGAAUUGUAUUUGCAUGAAUUAACAUUCUAAAAUGUUAAUCUAACCCAUUCCCUUAUUACAAUGUUAUGUAUUGGAAAUUGUAAAAUUAAUUUCACAGUUGUAUUAAUACAGAGCUGGCUGGGUCAGUUUUAGAGAUUUUCCCAUUCCAGAAGGAGUGGUCGUAUUCAUGUUUGAAUCCCACUUCAACAUUAUUGUUGAACAUUUGAUUGCAAUGGCACACUGAUUAAAUACUACAGACAUAAAAUACUAGUCC